CCCCCGCCGCCGCCCGACUCUCCGCCGCCUCUGCCACCGCCGCCUCCAGGACCGCCCCCAGCGCUGAAAGGCGCCAAGCGCAAGCCAACGCGGCGCUCGAAGACCAGCAGCAAUAGCAGCGGUACAGACCUGGACGCGUACUCGGACGAAUCGGACGUGUUUGAAGAGGAUGUUGAGGCCAUUUUGUUUGCGGAAGAGGAAGAGGACCGGCGCAAGGGCUACACGGACUGCCUCACGGAGACGCACCUGGACAGCGUAGAGUACCCCUAUCCAGCGUACCUCGCCAAGCUGUCGACGCUGUUCACGAAGCAAAGCGCCUUUGGGAAGAACCCUGAGGACUUUAUUUAUUGCAAUAAUCUGCUGGUUAGUCCGGGUCAGUUGAAGCUCCUGGACACUCGAAGUGCUGCGAUGGAACGGGAGAAGUUGCAGCAAGUGCAGGCGGCGGCUGCACUCAAGGCGAAAGAG